AUGUCUGGCAAGAAGGAAUAUCAGGACAUUGGGAGAAUAGUAAAGUAUUUGAAUGACCAUCCCAAAUGUAAGGUGAUGUUUAUGGUUGGUGCUGGUAUAUCUACGUCCUGUGGGAUUCCAGAUUUCCGCACCCCAGGUGUUGGUUUAUAUGAUAACGUCUCAAAGUUCAAUUUGCCCUUUGCAGAAGCAAUAUUUGAAAUUAACUUCUUCAGAGAAAAUCAAAAACCAUUCUAUACUUUGGCUAAGGGAUUAUACCCUGGGAACUUCAAACCAUCGCUAUUUCACUACUUUAUGAGAUUGUUUCAUAUGAAAGGACGUUUAAAGAGAGUUUAUACCCAAAAUAUCGACACGUUAGAAAGUGCAACUGGUAUCGAAGAUGAGUAUAUCAUUGAGGCACAUGGCUCCUUCCGCAAAAAUCACUGUAUUGAUUGUAAUAAGGAGUUUCCCAUGGAACUUUUCAAAAAAGUUUUGGAAGAGGAUAAGGGAUAUGCCAAGUGUCCUAGUUGUAAGGGGUUAAUAAAGCCUAAGAUUGUAUUCUUCGGUGAAGGAUUGCCUGAUGAGUUCUACGAUUCUUGGGACAAAGACAAAGAAGCAUUGCAAUCUGAAGACCAGUGCUUGGUCUUUGUUGCUGGGACUUCGCUAAUGGUUUAUCCAUUUGCUGCAUUGCCAGAAGAUGUACCAGAGCAUUUACCACGCGCCCUUAUCAACAUGGAUCCUGUUGGUGACUUUCUGAAUAAUCCAAGGGAGACGGACAUAAUCUUAGAAGGUACGGCGGACGAAUUCGCGGAAAAAAUAGCACGUGAUCUUGGUUGGUUUGAUGAGUUGAUGAGGAUCAGCGGCAAACAGGAUUCAAAACAAAAGACAACCAGUGUAAAGACAAGUAAGAACCAAAGUAACAAGACGCCUACAGAGAGUGUUAUUGACGAGGGUGGUUUGUGUAGUACCAAGGAGGAUAAGGAACUUUUUGCUAUUACGGAAAAAGUUCGUAAUCUAGAUUUGGAUAAGGAAAAUAAGAAGGAUGAGCAACAGUAA